ACCAGGGGCGGACUGACCAUUUGGUAACUCGAGCACUGCCCGAGGGCCCAGGGUCAGUAGGGGGCCCCAUGAGAUGCCCCUGGUACCUUUUUCAUAGGCUUUUUUGAGUUUGGGCAAGGACACAGGGGCCCCAUGAUCCCCUAUUGCCCGGGGCCCCAUGAUGAGUUGUCAGUCCGCCCCUGGUUGGGACAAAGUAUUCCUUUCUUUUUUAACUUGCCCAGAUAUAAGGUUAACAUGCCCAUUAUAUAUUUCAACAGA